UGACAAGGCCGAUAUGGAGUUGGACGCCGACAUCGGGGCAGCCGUUCUUGACUUCCGGGCUGCCGACCAGAACAAUCCGCAGGGGUGUUCGCGUCGCUGCGCCUUUAUCCGCUGGCGUAAGCGCUGGUUCGCCCUCGGGUCUUUACUUCUCGACGAACUUGAAGACCCCCAUCUCGAGGUCAGCCCCACCUACGAUUCCUUAUGCGACGCUAUUGACAAUCUCGCCAGUGAGUUGGGCGAACUCGAAUGCACCUGCGCAGAUAUGGUCUGGGACAUUGCCGGCGACAUCACCAUCCUUCUGAUUGUUCUUCGAUCUGGCAAGAGUAGCAUUGCCGGUAUAGCCAGGCUCCUCGGCGACAGGGUUGCCCGGCUUGACUUAGAAAUCGACUUUGUCGCCAACGUCGCCCGCUCCCCUACCGCGCGCUCCGCCAGGACGUCAAGUUCUACAUACAUCUCAUCGCGCUCCGGAUCGGUGGAUCUCGACAUCUAGCCACCUGAAAUUCCCGUUUCCAAUCCGCCCCCCAACAAGAGUCCCCUGCGCGACGAUCACUGUCGAACCCCAUUCGUGCCUCUCCGGUCGCGUGUGAUUUUCGGCGGGUCUAUCUAGUCUCCCUCUCGCUGCA